AUGACCGUACCUCCCUUGUCUGGGGCAAACGUCGAAGUAUAUAAUCACCCCUGGAUUACAGCUUCCGGUAAAAAGCUGAUGGAGGAUCCAAUCAGUUUCGACAAGUUGAGAUUGACCAACGAUCCUAAAAACAAAACGCAUGUGCUUCUAGUUCCGUUUCGGAAGUACAUCCCUACAGUCUAUGUGGCACCAGUUGCUGUUGGUGGAGGAAGUGGCGAAAUGCGAAUGGAUGGUGACGUCAACUUUUUCCGGAUAGAAAUGGCUGAAUUUAUCAGCUCAUCAGCAUACCACAACCCACGCAUGGCUGCGCUGAAGAUAGAGACCAACCCUAUGGCAAAAUCUCAGCGUAAUCUACGGAAAAACCAAAAGUUGCAACAGCAGCGGGCGCAACAAUUGAUUGGGUCAGGUUCACAGCUCGAACUUGGUUCGUCAAAUUCAAGUCCUGCUUCAAGGCCGCAUUUGAACCUGCAGCAGCAAAAUCAGUAUGCUCGCCGAUCUGCGUCCGCAAUCAAUGGUAUUAUGAACUAUAAUGACCGAAACAUCCGAUUGCACAGAUCGAGCUCCACUCCGAAUUCUGCCGGGGACCCUAGUCAGCGAUCUCGAUACAGGUCCAAAUCUCCCUCGAGUCUAAGUCGGCAGCCUAAAUCACCACCAUACCAUUUUCAGGGAACCGACUCCACGUCUACUCCACAGACGACACCCCCCAUUAAUUCCAUGGCACCUACACCCAUGUUUACACCUGCUCAAGUACAAAGGUAUUCAUUUCCGGCCAAUGUGCUCGACUCAUCAAAGGAUAGCACGUAUCGUACCACACAAAGGCUGGAUUCUAUCACUGAUGAAAGUUCUGCACAACAGAUGCCGGUGACACCAAUGAAACGUGGCGAUACUAGCACUUACACAGCAUACGCAUCGGGACGAAGAUCAAACUAUGCAGGAUUGACACCCUCCAAUCUCAGUUUUAAAUAUAAGGAGGAGAAUGAUAUUAUUCCUCUUCAAAUAUUUCAAUAA